CACCCCCUCAUGUACGAGUUACGUCACUUCCGGGAAGAGUGCAGCUCUCCAAUCAGGAUUGAGGAGGGUGUUACUUGUUUUAGAGUUCAACUGUGAAUGACCUUUCUAUAAUUAUCCGAAUUACGUUUCCUCAAGAAGACACCCUGCUACCUCAGUGACAGCGUGUGUAGGGGAGAGCGGGUUGUCACCUUUCUCCCACUCUUUCAGUCUGAGGGGAAACUACCUGGGCCCUAAUAGUUGAGACAUCUCUCAGAGAGUUGGUGGCAGUUUAGUGUAAGCUGGAUGGAUCUGGUGGAACACUUGAUUUUUGAAUUGCCUUUGAAGAGAUUGUGAAAAAGGAUUCACCUAAGGCUUCUGGUUCUUUGGAGCCUCAUCUCUAAAAUGAGGGGCGUGAAAUUGAGCCCAGAGCUACAUAUCGAGUCAAUAUUAUAAAAAUGCAUGGAAGUAAAGCAUUCUGAAGAAAAUCUAGGACUACAGAAUUUAUUUGCUGAAAUACAAUGUAUUAUUCAAAUCAAGAAUAAGAGUGGAGAAGAAUUAUUCAUUUUCCCUGCUAAAAUCAUGGAGAUAGAAGAACAACAGCAGCCAUGGAAGACCAACUUUUACACAGAAUUGCCAAAAGUGGAACUUCAUGCCCACUUAAAUGGAUCCAUUAGUUCUAAUACCAUGAGGAAAUUAAUAGCCAAGAAGCCAAAUCUUAAAAUCCAUGAUCAUAUGACUAUGAUUGACAAGGGAAAGAAAAGAACUCUAGAAGAGUGUUUCAAGAUGUUUCAAAUUAUUCAUCAACUUACUACUAGCCCUGAAGAUAUUCUAAUGGUCACAAAAGAUGUCAUUAAAGAAUUUGCAGAUGAUGGUGUCAAGUACCUGGAACUGAGGAGCACACCUAGAAGAGAAAAUGAUACUGGAAUGACUAAAAAGACUUAUGUGGAAUCCAUACUUGAGGGUAUAAAACAGUCUAAACAAGAAAAUUUAGACAUUGAUGUUAGAUAUUUGAUGGCAAUUGACAGAAGAGGCGGCCCUUCAGUAGCCAAGGAGACUGUUAAACUUGCUGAAGAGUUCUUCCUUUCUACUGAAGAUACAGUUCUUGGCCUUGACCUCAGUGGAGACCCUACCAUAGGACAAGCCAAAGAUUUCUUGGAACCUCUUUUAGAAGCUAAAAAAGCAGGUCUGAAGUUGGCAUUGCAUCUUUCAGAGAUUCCAAACCAAAAUAAAGAAACACAAAUGCUCCUCGAUCUACUUCCUGACAGAAUUGGACAUGGAACAUUUCUCAACUCCUCUGAGGAAGGAUCCCUCAAUCUGGUAGAUUUUGUGAGGCAACACCAAAUCCCACUAGAACUCUGUUUGACCUCAAACAUCAAAAGUCAGACAGUUCCAUCUUAUGACCAGCAUCACUUUGGAUUUUGGUACAGCAUUGCUCAUCCUUCUGUGAUCUGUACUGAUGAUAAGGGUGUUUUUGCGACAUACCUUUCUCAAGAGUACCAACUGGCUGCUGAAACAUUUAAUUUAACCAAGUCUCAGUAAACCCUGUCCUUACACUUGUUCAUCCUGGUCUGUGGAUUUCAUUCUUCAAAUUCAUGAGACAAGAAUCCAGAAACAAGAAGAAAUUGGUGGUGAGCUCCUGGGGGUCUGCUGCAAGACUGGAGAGCAUGGCCCAUCAUUACUAGAUGCAACAUUUUUUGGCUACAGAGGCCUGCAUCCUUACAUAGACCCCCACCCACCAGCAGAAGCAGAGGAACUCCAACUGCUGGAACACCAGCAGAAGCAGGGAAUCAAGUGUCAUCUCAAAACUCUGCUUUCAGCUGGCCUUGAGGUCUUACAUAGCUUACCUCCAUGCCAAUUUCUCAUUAGGAAAAGUUUUGGAAUUACUAGUGUAAGGUAAAGAGAAAGGGGAAACACAUGAUCACCAAUACCUUUAAAGUUUCAAGCUUUUGACAGUAGCUCUGUAUUAUGUUGUGCUUACUUUAAUUAGACUCCCCUCAUUUACUUUAACUCUUUUAAGUAUUAUUCCCCAAGACUAUUAAUGCCAGGUCACACCAGACACCAUAGAGUUGUGUGAAUGCCUAAUAGUCAAGGUUCAUUUACUUUGGGUAUCUUAGUUACAAAGCUAGCUAUUAAAAUCUGGCUUUGCCCUUCUCAUGACUGUCCUUGUCAAUACUUGAGAGGGAUUGAAGUCUUUGCUCCAAUUUAGGAGACAGUAGCUGACUGAGGAGUGAGAAGGAAACUGCUGCAGUUUCUAUUUUCAGGUGUUUCUGUCACUUGAGCUUUUUCUUUGUGGAAGCUGCCAGGAUUUCCACCCCAGUACUUAACAUUUUCCUCAGUUCAAAAGUUAUUUUUAGUAGUGAUAAUGUUGGGGUUACUAGAAUUCUUUAAGUUUCCUAUGACCCCUCCCCUACACAAUGGACCAUACACAGACUUAUAUAAACUCACAUAUCAUGGCUUCUUUAGCUGAAGACAGGAACAACUAAGAUUAGUUCUGAAUGGUAAGAUAAUUUAUUAGAUACCAAAGUAUGCUUGAAUUGCUUUUCUUGUUAGAAUGUAUAUUUUCCCUGGUAUGAGAAAAGAAAGGAUGAUGACAUCCCUAAUUUCAAUUACUAAAGGUUUCUAAUAAGCUUUGUUUGUCUUUCUUUUAGGGAACAGGGUAGAGGGAAGCUCUUAGGUUUUUGAAGUUCUUAGAUUGUUUGUAACCUUAUAUAGCUUUAUAUUAUUCUUUACCCCCACCCACUCAGAUAUUGCAUAGUUAAAAAAUGUUAUUUAUCCUCAAAAUGUGCAUAUUUUACAGCCUCUAAAAUGUAGAACAAAAUUUAAUGAUAUGAAAAUAUACAUCAUAUUUUCAUUGAAAA